CUCUGACUGACGUACGCAGCACUCGUGCCCUCGACCUGCUCUGUACCUGGUCGCUUUCAACAUCUUUGCACCAUUCGCGCCAGUCAGUCUGAAUUGACGCAUGCGCAUCUCUCCAACAUGCCGUCCAUCCUGAACGACGACGACAAGCAAAAUGUCAAGCGCCAGGUGCCCAAGGCUUCCAACAAGAUCCACGCUGUCGCUGUCGCCAAGUUGUACAUUGCAUACCCAAACCACAACAGAUGGCAGUAUACCGGCCUGCAGGGUGCCAUAGUCCUUGCCAACGACCUGGUCGGCAACACCUUUUGGAUCAAGAUGGUCGACGUCUCGCCCUCGAAUCGCGGCGUCAUCUGGGACCAGGAAAUCUACGACACCUUCCAAUACAACCAGGACCGCACCUUCUUCCACACGUUCGAGCUUGAGGACUGCCUCGCCGGUCUGUCGUUUGCCGAUGAGAAGGAAGCGAAGCAGUUCAAGAAGAAGAUGGACGAACGCGAGAAGAACGCACACAAGAACACGAAGAACAAGCCCUUCGGUAGCGGCAGCGGCACUUCCAAGAACAAUGGUGCUGCCGCUGGAGGCAGUGGAGGCGGCUCCACCAGACACCGCUUCGGUCUCAGCAGUCUGCUCCCUGGACAUCGUCAUUCACAGGCUCCUCAGCCUCCGGCACAAUCCAUCAUUCCACCACGCGAUGUGACUAUCAGUCAUGCUGCGCCUGCUCGUCCUACACCAUCUCACAAUCUGGACAUGUCGGAUCCUGCUGUGCAAGAAGUUCUCAACCAGCUUCUGGGCAUGGGCAUUACCGAAGACCAACUGGAGGAGCACGCCGGCUUCAUCCAGACUUAUCUCGAGCAGCACAAGGCCAGUGCCGCUGCUGAAGAAGAGCGCAAGGCCAGGGCUCCUCCACCUCCUCCCCCGGUAGCCGCACGAAUGUCUCCUCAGACUACUGGCGGCAGUGGAAGCAAUUCCAGACGCGGGCCUCCGCCUGCUCCACCACAACCUAGGAGGGGUGCUGCACCGGCGAGACCGCCAUCUCCCUCUCCUUCGCCGCCUCGUGCUCCUUCACCUCCUCGUCCCAUGUUCCGUGCUCCACCUCCAAUCGCCGACGCUGGAAAGUACGCCAAUGUCCCUGCUCCGCCAGCCAGAUCACGAGCCUCGUCUUCUGUUGCCCCGCCGCCGCCACCGCGUGUUCCCACAAAGACGCCGGCGGACGACUCAUCUUCCAACAGGUUCGGUGUGCCUCCUCCCUUCUCUGGCGCUCGCAUCCCGUCCGGUCCUCCUCCCACCCCGGCUCGAGGUCCAGUGCCGCCGCCUCCUCCAGUAAGGAACAACAUCGCCUCUCCCGGCAUUCCCAUGCCACCACCAUUGCCUCCCAAAACUCCGAAUUCGGCUGCCCCACCCCCACCACCUCUUCCUCCCGCCUCAGCUCGUCCUGUCCCUCCACCCCCUGGAGCUGGCAAUCUUCCACCGCCGCCACCUCCCCUUCCUCCACCGUCUGGAGGUGCUCCACCACCUCCGCCUCCUCCGCCAAUGCCUCCAUCUGGCGGCGCUCCUCCACCUCCUCCAUUGCCUCCCGGACGUGCCCCUGGAGGAGACGCUCCUGCACCUCCGCCUUUGCCUCCGGUCGGUGGCGGCGGCAGAGACGACCUCCUGGCUUCUAUUAGAGGCGGUGCUCGUCUCAAGAGGGUCUCCGAUCAAGAAAAGAAGGACCGCAGUGCCGCAGCAGUACCAGGCGGCGAACCCGCUGCAUCGAGUGGUCCGAGUGGUGGUGGUGGUGGUGGCGGUGGUGAUGCUGCCGGCGGUGGUCUUGCUGGAGCUUUGGCCAGUGCCCUUGCUGCCAGGAAGUCCAAGGUUAGCCACAGUGAUGACGAAGAUGACAAGGACGACUGGUAG